AUGCAGUUAAACUGUUUACAGUCUUUCUGUCAAGGGCUUCGAUUGUAUCCGCUAACAACAUUUAAGAUUAUGGAUGAUGAUGAAAGUCGUUCGUUAGAUUUUAAAGAAUUUAAAAAAGGAAUCUCUGAUUACGGUNUAACAGAAAUUAAAGAAGAAACAGUCCAAGAAUUAUUUACAACUUUUGAUAAAGAUGGAAGUGGAACCAUUGAUUUCGAUGAGUUUUUAGUUCAUUUACGUCCUCCAAUGAGUAACACAAGAAAGAAUUUGAUUCAUCGAGCGUUUACCAAGUUAGAUAAAUCUGGUGAUGGAAUUAUAACGACAGAUGAUUUGAAAGGUGUCUAUAGUGUUAAAAAACAUCCCAAAUAUUUAAAUGGAGAAUGGUCUGAAGAUCAAUGUUUAGGAGAGUUUCUAAAAACUUUUGAUACACAAGACAAAGAUGGCAAAAUUACCUACGAGGAAUUUGAGUUGUACUACGCCGGAGUCAGUGCUUCAAUUGAUCUUGAUUCUUACUUUGAUCUUAUGAUGAGAACAGCUUAUAAAUUAGACAACUAA